AUGGCGCAACCAAAUCCCAGCCACAGCGUCCCCCAGGACCUUAUGCCACAUGUUCACCUCAUCUCGUCGUACCGAUACCCUGCGAUCCCCCGGCUCGACUUCAACGAGGUUGCCAAGUGGCUUAUGAAUGCGCCCCAGAUUGCCAGAGACCAGGCGCCCUUCUUCUGGACAUAUCUCGAUAAGCCCGCCGAUGGCACCAUCCUGCUGACAUGGCAGCCUCUCUCUAGAUUGGGGACCAAUUUCGCGACGGAUGGCUUCGUUUGGGCACCGCCUGAGCAGAUCUACAAGCAUGAUUUGGGCAAUGGAUUGAUGCUCGAGAUAUACUACCUCAAGGCAGGCUAUAUCCCCGGCGAACAAUUCACCCUCCAUGCUCGACGACGAUUCCGACUUGUUCCCGUCGCCGGUCACCCCAACCCCCCGCAGCCAGACCCAAACUUGUUCAUUGUGCACUAUGGUCCUGCCGAGAUGAACGAUCGCGUCCCCGUUGCCAUGAUUCCCUAUGACGAGAGGGUCAAUGCCAUCAUGCAACAACGCCACUUUCUCCAGCGGGCAGGCCAGAUCCGCCGAAAGGAGUUCAUGCUGUCUGAUAGAGUCAACUGGCCUUCACUCCCGGAGCUCACUCGCCAGCAGAUGGGUCCCCAGAUGAACCCUCGCGGUGUACCUCAGCAGAUGGCAUACCCUGCCCAGCCACCGCCGCCUGGCCCGCCUCCUAAGAGGGCUCGCCAUGGCCAGGCUCAGGCCCAGCAAGCAGUGCUUCCACCAGGAAUCCCCCCUGUCGAUGCCGCCUUUGACGACGAUGAGGAUAUCUCGAGGGGAGACAUGUUUGAUCACCUAACGCCAAGGGAGAUCUCAAUGAGCCGAUACCAGCAAAAUCACGAGUGGAUGGAGGAAAUCCUGUCUUCUGCCUAUAGAAUAAGUCAGAUCACACCUGCUGACCUCGGCUUGGGUCUCAAAGGUGAACUGGCGUCCCUAACAGAGGGCAUUUUUACUGCGCAGGGUGGCGAGGCAUACAGCCAAGCACCGGAAAAGGCAUACAUCGGACGACUGGAUCCUGGCCAGGCAGACGAAUUCCGCAAGCGCGUCGACAAGUAUGUCAGCUCUACUCAAGCCGAGAUCCAGAAGAUGGAAGAAGAGCACCAAAAGACAAUGACUGCAUUGAAAGAGCACUCGCUGCUGAAAAUAAAAGAGAAGGAGCUGAGAAACAUUGUGGACGGGCAUGGAUCACACGGCAAGCAUCAGUCCGAAGAUGAGCCCGUAGGCCGCCAUGUGUCGAAACACUCCAUCGAAGAAGUUGUGCAGCAGGUGGAGUCAUCGACGGGUCGCAAGAUAGUCAGCCUGCCGCUCUCCAAGCGCAUCCAGGAGGGAGGUUAUCAGGCUCCCGCCCCUGAGCCGCCAGCGCCAGGCUCAACUGCAGAACUUUCUCGGCAGCCAUCUCGGGCGGGUUCUCAAGCAAGCGGUGGAAUGAUGGGUGAAACUGACAUGGACAUGGGUGAUACAGCAUCUGGAUUACUCGAUCAAAUGCACACCGGAUUCUCCUCCACAUCGACGCCGGUCAACAACUUCCCAACGCCUCAGCCCAAUCUCUCGGCCGCCGCGGCACCUACAGCUGCUCCCCCACAGCCUGCGGGAGACGUAGAAAUGGGUGGAACUGAUACUGCUGCCGAGAACGAGGUACGAACUACGCCCGACCAUGGCACUGGUAGUGGAGACUGGGUCGUGGUUCCCAAAGAUGACGACCAGGCAACGGCUAACGAUGCGGCUCAGACAACAACACAACCUCCUACUGAUGCUGCCGCCACGACUACCGCCCCUAUUCCUGCUGCCGCUCCCACGGCUAGUGCAGAGGGCGAUGAUGCCAAACCACCAACACCAGCGGCCGCAAAGAAUGACUUUAGCUCUCUAGGCGAUUUAGACACGGCGGGCGAUGCCCUCGCGGGCUACGAUGCCCCGGAGCUGGACGGCUCAGCAGGCGGACUCGGCGAUGACGACCUGGAUCUGCAGAUGGACAUGGAGGACUCGGCUUUCGGAGAUGCUUUUCACGGCGUUGACGCUUCUCAUACCCCGGGGGAUGGACAAAAUCAGGAUGGCAUGUGA